GUUUUUAUUAAAUCUGAACUGAAAGUUGGAGUUAUUUACGUAAAGGAAGAUCAAUAUUCCGAGGAACAAAUUUUAGAAAACAAUGAAAACUCCAUUCAUUUCGAUGAAUUUUUAACACUUUUUGGCGAUCGCGUGCGGCUACGCGGUUUUGAUAAAUACAAAGGUGGUCUGGAUACAGUACAUGAUUUAACAGGUCUAUAUUCAGUUUACACAAAUUGGCGUAAUAUUGAGAUAAUGUUUCAUGUUUCAACUCUCCUGCCAUAUGAAAAGCAUGAUCCCCAAAAACUACAGCGUAAAAGACAUAUUGGUAAUGAUAUAGUUUGCGUAGUUUUUUUGGAGGCUGACAAUACAAAAUUUAGCCCGGCUUGCAUUAAAAGUCACUUUCUACAUACCUUCAUACUAGUUCGUGUAUCAGCUCGCAUUAAGCACAAGCCAACACGCUAUGAAGUAUCAGUAGUUACACGUGAUGAAGUGGGUGCUUACAAACCAUAUUUAUGGGAACAGUCAGUUUUUGAAAAAGGACCAAUGUUUCGGGAAUGGUUGUUAACGAAAAUAGUUAACGGGGAGCGCGCUUCGUAUUCAGCACCGAAAUUCGCACGUAUGCAGGAACGAACUCGUUCUCAAAUGCUGGAAGAUUUGGUCAUGAAUCUAUCAAAUCACGCGGAAACCGGCCAAAUACCGAAGCCUUAUCGUAGAGGUUCCUGGCGACCCAUUGGUGAGGAUGAAUAUAUCAAAAUGUUGCAUGCAAGAGUUUUAAGAAAGGUUUCAGAUACGCAACAAACGUCACCGAUGGACGUUGGUGUGUGCUGUGUACAUCUCUGUGUGAAGAAUAGUAUGUAG